CGCUACGGGCACCGUCACACACACCGAGCACCGGGGAAAGUUGGAGUAACGCGGGCGGACGGUGCGGGAAGGAGCGCGUGGAUGUUUAACGUCUAACACCGAGGAAAGUGUUGGUUGUUUCUCCGCGCGUGGACCGAUUCCUCCGGAUGAACCGUGGAUACUCACACACGCGCUGCUGCACCGGAAUAUGCGGUCCUUAACGGACUCAGCCAACACUUGUCCCUGUGUGCGGGUUUGAGUCCACCGAGCGGAGUCCGGGCUCCCUCCCGGUCCACACCGUCUCCAGGGCCAUCUGCUCACUCCACCAUGUCGGCGGCAGUUUCACCGGUUUCCAGCGCAGAGCGGGAGCGACAGUGAGACACACCGGGAGGCAGAGAGAGAUACACGGCGUGAACCGGACCGGACCGGACCGGGCGGCGCGGGAGACCGAGCCUUUGAUCCGCCUUCAUGACUUGUGGAUUUACAGCUGCACGCGACAUGAUCCUGAUUACUGUCAUCACUUUGGUGUUUGUGUUGGAUGUGUGUGUGUGUGACUCGGAGCUGGGCUCCCCCGGGUGGAGGGAACCUCUGGACUGCGUCCGAGCCUCUGAACUGUGCAACCAGAACAGCCAGUGCAGUUCACGUUACCGGAUCAUGCGCCAGUGCCUGUCCGGCGGGGACAAAGAGCGCAGCACCAUGCUGGCCUCCAAGGAGUGCCAGGGGGCGCUGGAGGUGCUGCAGGACUCGCCGCUGUACGACUGCCGCUGCAAGAGAGGCAUGAAGAAGGAGCUGCAGUGCCUGCAGAACUACUGGAGCAUCCACAUGGGUCUGACUGAGGGGGAAGAGUUUUACGAGACAUCUCCCUACGAGCCGAUCCAUUUCUCAGAGGAAUUCCGACAUGCCUCCAUCAUCUCAGAUUCGUCUCUAUCCAAGAUGAGCCCCUGCUCUGAGGCCGGGAAACCCUGUAACCCCUGUCUGGAUGCAGCGAAGGCCUGUAACCUUAACGAAACGUGUAAACGCCUACGAUCUGCCUAUAACUCCAUCUGCAGCAAGGCCACGCCCCCUCAGCCCUCUCUGGCCAAUCAGGAGCCGUGCAGCCGGAAAAGAUGUCAGAAGGCCCUGCGUCAGUUCUUCGAGCGGGUCUCAUGGGAGCUGAGCUACCCUCUGCUGUUCUGCUCCUGCCCGGACCAGGCGUGUGCCGAGCGCCGCCGCCGCACCAUCGUCCCCUCCUGCUCCCACCAGGAGAGGCACAAGCCCACCUGCCUGGAGCUCCGACGCAUCUGCCGCUCCGACGCUCUCUGCAGGUCUCGGCUCGCUGAUUUCCACAUGAACUGCCAGAUGACAUCUCACACCGUCACCAGCUGCCCUCAUGACAACUACCACGGCUGCCUCAUGUCCUACGUCGGCCUCAUUGGCUCUGAUGUAACGCCGAACUACAGCGACAGCAGUCCAUCCAACAUCACCAUGAGCCUGUGGUGUACCUGCAGGGGCACCAGCAAUCAGGAGCGCGAGUGUGACGCUUUCCACCGGGACUUCACACACAACACCUGCCUCAAGAAUGCCAUCCAGUCGUUUGGUUACGGCUCAGAGGGAGGGACUCUUCUUGUCACCGAGCCGUCAUCCACCUUCUUACCCCCCGCCCAGCCGCCAAUCAUCUCCAAACCCGCUCCCUCUCUGCACGGCAACGCAAUCAAACCCAUGGACAGUGCUUGUAUGUUCUCCACCUGUGCCAACCUGCAGGACGGAGGCCAGAAGUGUGUCCCCUCCGAUGAGUUUGAGUGUGAGGAGGUGAGGAACUCUGAUUACACACCUCAGUGGGCUUUGACAUUAUUAAAAACUGAUGAUUAAAGUCACAGGUUUUUUAAAAUGGCA